AUGGCCGUGGUCGACCCUGAUGCCCUUAAGGUGGCAGGCUCUGAUGUACCAAACAAUGAUUCUUGGGACGUCAAGAUUCAUGGUACUGAAAAAAGCCGUCUCUUCGCCUUCCUCUCUUCCUCUCUAUCUCUUCCUCUCUGUCUCUCCCCACUCCCUCUCCCAUGGCGGCUUCUUCUACAUUCUCCCUCCGUUAGAUCUUUGCAAACCGGGGCUUCCGGCGAUGAUGAUCGUCAACUCCCUCCGCCGCUGUCUCCGUCAUCCAUCGCUGGGUAUCACGUGAGCUCCGGCGGAUACAUGCGCGGAGCUGUCUAUCGUGAGCCAAAUCAGCCUCUAACAAUCGAAGAAUUUCACAUUCCCCGACCAAAAGUGAAUGAGAUUCUCAUCAAAACCAAAGCUUGUGGAGUAUGCCACUCUGAUCUACAUGUGAUGAAAGGAGAGAUACCAUUCUCUAGUCCUUGUGUUAUUGGUCAUGAGAUCACUGGUGAAGUCGUUGAACAUGGUCCUUUUACUGAUCACAAGAUCAUCCAAAGGACCAUGAUGACAUUUUUGCUUAUAAUAGAGCUAAAGGAACUCUUUAUAUACAAUGGUGAAACUCGUCUGUUUUUGCGUCAUGAUGAUUCACCGGUGUAUAUGUACAGUAUGGGAGGGAUGGCUGAGUACUGCGUCACACCAGCUCAUGAGUCUCUGCCCUACACUGAGUCUGCCAUUCUAGGCUGUGCUGUUUUUACAGCAUAUGGUGCUAUGGCUCAUGCUGCUGAGAUCCGUCCUGGAGAUUCUAUUGAUGUUAUUGGAAUCGGUGGUGUUGGCUCAAGUUGUUUGCAGAUAGCGAGGGCUUUUGGAGCCUCUGAUAUAAUAGCUGUGGAUGUCCAGGAUGAUAAUUAAAUUGGAGAAGGCUAAGACUCUUGGUGAUACUUCUUGGCUAAAAGCAAGACUCCCUAAAAGAACCAAUCGCCAUCAAGAAGUUUAACUGUUUAAAAAGUCCAAAAACGGAGAUGGUGUUUCCCCAACUGCCAUCUCGCGAUCAGGAAAUUGCUUCUCUAGUCAUCAUGUUGCAACAAUUACAAAGAAGACGACAUAAGGGAAUUUCUU